AUGGUAUCUCUCUCUUCCCUCUCCCCUCUUCCCUCUUCCCUCUUCUCUCUCACAGACAUAGGUGUGAACGUUCCAAAGACAAAGAAGACUUACUGUAAGAGCAAGGAGUGCAAGAAGCACACCUUGCACAAGGUUACACAAUACAAGACAGGCAAGGCUAGUAUUGCUGCUCAGGGGAAGCGUCGUUACGAUCGCAAGCAGUCUGGUUAUGGUGGUCAGACCAAACCAGUCUUCCACAAGAAGGCAAAGACCACGAAGAAGAUUGUCCUGAGGCUCCAAUGCCAGGGCUGCAAACAUGUGUCUCAGCACCCAAUCAAGAGGUGCAAGCACUUUGAAAUUGGUGGAGACAAGAAGGGGAAGGGAACAUCUCUUUGGGGUUGUCUGAUUGUGAUUAUGGGGUUGGCAUUCAAUCAGCCGAACCUAAAUGGUCCAUUGCGGUUUGGUUCGAUUAUGACCCAAUACUUGUUGCAAAGGGGUCAGUUGGGGUUGGCAUUGAAUCAGCCAAACCUAAAGGGUCCAUUGCGGUUUGAUUAUGACCCAAUACUUGUUGUAAAGGGUGAAUGUACGCCGAUUGCUAAACUCUUUAACCCUUGA